AUGAACAACGCACUGCUCGCGUGGUUCCUCGCGCGACAGCGGAAACGACAUAGGCGCUCCAGCCGUGGCGCCUUCCCCAUGACGGGAGAAGCUUUUCGGCGGCACUUCCGGAUGACGAAGAGUGCCGUCCGGCUGCUUUGCAGUGAGCUAGCCCACUUGCUGGAGCCGCGGACCGCGGGGGGCCUGAGCGUUGAGGACCAAGUUCUCUGUACCCUCAGGUUCUUUGCAACAGGCAGCUUCCAGUCGUCAGUCGACAGUGAGUCGACGAUUGACAUGUCGCAGUCGUCUGUAAGCCGCUGCAUCGCGAAGGUCGCGCGGGUCAUUGUUGUGGUUGGGAAGGAGCGAGGAUGGGUGGCCUUCCCCUGCACUGCCCGCGAGCGAGCAGCCAUUAAGCAGGGAUUCUUGCAGCAGGGCAGGCUCGGCGGCGUGACUGGGUACUUUGCGUUGGCCCCGCGGUUCGCUGGCUCCUGUCACGAUGCGCACGUGUGGCGGUACGCGUCGCUUCGCCGGCGCAUCGUCAGCGGCCGCAUUGCCGUCCAAGACGUCGAGUACCUUCUGGGCGACAGUGCUUACCCUCUUGAGCCGUGGCUCUUCACGCCUGCGCCUGGCCACCCUGCCCUCCACACACCGGAAGGGCACUACAACGCUGCGCACACAUCGACAAGGUCAGCGGUGGAGCGCUGUAUCGGCGUCAUGAAGAGACGAUUCCGAUGCCUGCAGCGACACCGCGCCUUCCAUUACGGCCCCAAAAAGGCAGCAACAAUUGUGGCAGCGUGUGCGGCACUGCACAAUCUGUGCAUUGACGCAGAUGUGCCGCAUACGGGCCGCGUGUACCCUGAAGGCGACGACAGCGACGGUGACCGUCCGCACGCCUCAAGCAGCACAGGGUCACGGAAGAGCAGCACGUGCAAGGCAAAUUGCAAUACUCUUCAUUGCUCGUAA